UAGGCAUAGUAGUGGAAGAGAGACCUGGAUUUCCGAGGUUUACUCCGUCAAUUUCCAUUCGGCGUGAAAAAGCAUUUGUUGCGCCCAAAAAUAUAAAAAAUGAUUCGAACAAUCAAAAUUCCAAAUUUAACAAAAUGGAUGAUUUCGCUAGAAAGACGAAUCCAUCAAAAAUUUUCCCUACAUCUUUACUGCAGCCAGUCUCGAAUCCCAAUUCAGAAAUUCACGUGCGAAGGGCUCCUUUACCUCACGGAUAUCUAUCGAAUUUCGUUGAUUUCAAGCCAAUUCACGAAAACGACAAUCAAGUACUUAUCGAUUUGACACCUCAUAAACACAAAUUCGACGGUUACACGUACUCCAUACCAGACUCGAACGAUGUGCAAAUUCCAAUUGGCGAACCGAAAAAAUACGUUCCUUAUUACCCAUCGGACGAUUUGGUAAAAGCUUUGCUAACUCUGGAUAAGGCGUUGAAGCCUCUCUUAGACACCAAUAGGGACAACAGUGCGUUACAUCCUCCGUUGAAUCCACUUCUGGCACUCGUGCUCUCGCGAUACGGCAAGUACAUUUCGGGUAAAUCUCGUUUAUAUUCGUACACGGCCACCAAUAACAUGCACAACAAUAGGCCCUUCGGCCAAUACAAAUACGAGUGCGAUGAGAAUCCCGUUUUCGUCAAAUAA